UAUAAUAGACUUUGUUUAUCACAAAUUACUUAUUCUUAGUUGCACGCGGCAGGAACUCGAGGCUUGGCGUCUCUUGUUUUUAAACUAUCAGUUAUCUAGUGUUUGAAGGUUAUAACCCACAAGAUAAAAUCGAUUUAUAAGAAUACCAAAAAUUACCUAAUUCAGCCUCAUAGCUCAUGUGAGAGGAGUAUGCCAGUUUACAACGGAAAACUUUGCACUGAAUGUUCUGCAAAUUUCCUUUCCGGAGUUCAAGAGUCUUCAAAAGAAGUGAUUUUUGUUUAAAUAGUUGUAACUUGAAGGAGAUACAUGGCAAUAACCUUUGCAAAACCUUUACUCUCUAUUGGCCAUUGUUGGGGCUCUUCCCACCAAGACUACCCUUUGCCUGUUCUGCCUGCUUCAGCGGUCAGUUGCAGGCCAAAAAGUAUCAACAUUGCAUUAGUAAUAGGACCAAGAUGCCUCCAACUAAAAAGUAAAAUCUCAGAUUUCAGCUGCUUUUCUUUGCCAUGUCAUUCUCAAAGAGUUGUUGCAAUAGCAAAGGGAUUAUAUUCUCCUUCUGCCGCUGACUCCCCAGAGGGAGAGUUGGACUCUGAUAUUUCUGGCAAGCCUGAGCCUUUUUUAUCUUUCACUCAAGAAAAUUGUGACAAUGAGGUAUGCGAAUUGAUCCAGUCAGUGGAGUUCAAUUUGGGUGCCCCUCCCCUAAGCAGAGAAAAAAAUAAUGUGACAUAA